UACAGGUAUCGUUUGAAAAGGUGAAUUGUGUACCAUGUCAUAUAUAUUAGUCUCGAUUUUUGUUUUGUUGGGUACGGUACGUGUCUACGAGCUCAAACCGAUGUCUGAUCAAGAAGCGAGUACUUUACGUUUAGUACAUAUUUUGUUCCGACAUGGAGACAGAACUAACGUGAGUCGCCAUUCUUACCCCAAUGAUCCGUUUAAAAACGAAACCUAUCACCCCUUUGGUCCCGGUGAACUGACCAAGAAGGGUAAAAUUAAGUCACUGAGAUUAGGGAAAGCAUUACGGGAAAGAUACGACAAGUUCCUGGGUAAAGAUUGGAAUUCUGAGGUGGUUGAAGCUUGGUCUUCUGAUACCGGAAGGUCUAAAAUGACUUUGCUUCUCGUCCUGGCCAGACUUUUUCCCCCACAAGAAGAGGAGAUUCUGGAAGAAGGUUUAAAUUGGCAGCCUAUUCCUUACAGCCACAAACCCUUAUCCAAAGAUAACAUGUUCUUUGGAAUAAUCAAUCCCAACUUCAAGAAGCUUUACAGUGACUACGAACAGGGUAAUGAAGUUCAGACUACGAUGAAUGAUUACAAGGAUAUUAUUGAAUUUAUCAAGUUGCAUGCUGGUUAUAAAAACCCCACACUAUUUGAUAUGUUUGCUUUGUAUGGAACUCUUUUGACCCAGAAAGAGUGGGGGCUUCCAUUGCCGGAGUGGACCAAAAAAGUGUUUCCUUACCCACUUCAUAACAUGGUUUUGGAUUUUCUAAAACAUUCGACUGGCACUCCUGAGCUCAGGAAGUAUGUUUCAGGUUAUUUUUUGAAGAAGGUGGUUGAUGAAUGCAAACUAAAAAUUAGUGGGAAAAUGAACGAAAAUCGUAAAAUAUAUUUAUAUUCUGGACACGACGUCAACAUAGGACAUUUAUUAAACACCUUAGAAGUUUACAAACCACACAUUCCGCCUUACAACGCAUACUUCAUCUUUGAACUGCAUGAAAUCGAAGGAGUCUACGGAGUUAAACUAUUUUACCAAGAUUACAGUAGCAGAGAGCCGCAGUUAUUACAAUUGCCAGGUUGCGAGGAUUUUUGUCCUUUUGACCAGUUCGUCAAUGCCAUUAAGGAAUAUUUUCCAGAAAAAAAUGAAAAUACAUGCGUAAAAUGAA